AAUUAACAAAUAUCUGUUGAGAAAAUCGCUCAUUGAAACAAUAAGUGUGUUAGCAUCUGCCGAGACAGGAAGAUAAACAUUUUCGCCUUACAAUUUCUGUUGGUGACAUUUUAUUAUGGCAAUAGCUCAGCACGUAGAUUAUAAUUACUCAGCUUACAAUUAUAGUUACACAGUUGAGGAUGUACUCAAGCAGUUGGCAAUGCUAUUAGGCCUUGUUUAUUUUGUUUCUCUAAUGAUAUUUGAUGCAUGUGUAGCAACAUUUGGUAAACCAGCUAGAAUUUGGAAUCCGGGGAAAUCUCUGCUUAUCAAUGCUCUGACCAUCCAGAUUCUUUCGUUUCUGAAAAUUAAGAUAAUCAAAUUUUCAGAUGACGAUACUUCUAGCAUUCAAGGCUACUUUCGAGUCCGGCAAGACAUUCGACAGAAUCGGCUCGUGGGUGCGUCAGGAAGAGUUGUAACAUGUGUGUUGAUUGGGUAUUUGUUGCCAGGGAUGGCUCGUGCUGGAUCUGCAACUGAUUGGCGUACACUUGCAGCCUUGGCGCUUAGUUUAUUCACUUUUGAGUUUUACUAUUUGACAACUUUGUUUUACAAUCCACCAAAUGCCGGUAAAUAUCUUAUAGCCCCUUCAAUAAUCAAUGUGAUUACAAUGGUGUCAAUUAUAUUGGUGGUUUUAUUUUCAAUCUGUGCAAUUUUAGCGGGCAGAACGAUUCGUGGUACGCUUGCUCAAAAGAUUUCUGUAAUUCAAUGGGAUAAGAGAAAGAGAAGUGAGGAGGGAUCCUGGCAGAAAUUUGAAGGUGAGAUAAUUAAAUCCUGGUUUUUGUCUCGAGUUUGUCACCCUCAGUAUGUUAUUGCAAGGUCAGUCUUGAGCUCAGCAGUAGGACUGGUGGUCACAAUUUGCAUCCUUUUCUCGAUCACUCCAAAACUUGAUUACUAUAGCUUUCCUUUUGAGAGGUGGGAUGCGUAUGAUAUAGUCAUCGUGGCAUGGACACUUGAAUUGGCCUUCAUUCUAAUUGGAGGGACCGUCAUCUUCUGUAGAUGGUUGAUGGCUGUAGUCUACUUUCCAAGGUUUUUUGUUAAAAAAAUGAAGCUGACACAAAUAAGACCUAUCGUGGAGGAUUUCUGGACAAGAGGUAUCUUAGAGUUGGUUCAAAUAUAUGAUUUACAAAAAUGGCGUCUGCAGGAGCAAUCAAAAGAUGGGAUUUUAAAAGGGCUUGCGUUUCGCCUGGCUACAACAAUGAGGAUACAUUACUUGUUCUAUUUGCUUUGGCCUCUCCAGGUUUCGCUAGUGUACUUUAGCAAAGGCUGUUUGUUUAUCUCUGAGCUGCUCUUCAGCUUCAAGUGUGUGUGGAACUGUUUGCUUGGAAGUGACAAAAAGCCAGCCCAAUCCCAAGGGGAAUUUGAAGAAUGCAGGGAAAUAUUGGAGAAAGUGUGUAUGCCUGGAGAAAAUCCGGAACGCCUGUGGGUAGCCAAUAAGAAAUCUAUGAAGCAAGCGAAGGAUCGUUUCAAGAAAAGCAAAGAGAAAGGCUGCAAGUGCACGGAUCUCAUCGAUUUCCUGAAAUCUCGCUUUCAUCAGGAAAUCGAUUAUGGUGGAAGAUUUGUAAAUCAGCUUGAAAGGUUGCCGCUUGUUGAAGAGCAUUUUUCUGCUCUGGAUGAAAAUUGCAUGAGGAUGACAGCACUUUCAUUGUUAAAUGUAAUCAUCAACCUCCUACCUUUGCACAGGGAUGGGGAUAAACUGAAUAAAGCAAUUGAAGCAUACAAACAAGCUUUGGAGCUCAUGUCUUUUGUCGAUAACUCUGAUCCUGAAAAUCCCACAACAGUGGAUGUGCUUAAAGUUAUCGACAUUGAAGCUGAUAGAGUGAGCGUGGCUGUCCACAAUGAAUUCCAAAGGUUGCUAAAACUGCCCAAGGACAAAACUAAUUCCUCAGAGAAAUCGCCCAACUUCGCAACUCCUGAGGCGGCCAUAAACGGGCUACUGAAUGAUGCUGAGAAGCAACUCAAGGAGCAGAAGCUGAUAAUUAUAAACAAAGAAGAGCAACCUGUUGGGGAAGAAUAUUGUGAUUCCAGGGAUUGGAGUGCAAUAGCAGCCUGUUACAGCAAUUAUAGAGUCUGCAAACUGAUUCUCAAAGACGGUUUUAACAGUGAAAAUGAGUUCAAGAAGGAAUACUUGUAUGAUUCCCUGGCAGACGUAAUUGGUCACUGCCUGUUAAAAUUGCACAAUGUGAUGAUAAAGACAUGCAGAGAGUGGGCAGUAAAAUUUGAAGAGGAGAAGAUCUGGGAUGCCAUGUACAUAGCAGGAAAGGUUGUGGGAGUGAUGCAAGAGUGUAACGUGGAAGUCAAAGGCAAAAUUCUAGAACCAAAGUUUUUCAGCCCGACGUCCAAUGAAAUCCAACGGUUUGAGGCUAUCAACAUGGAGGUAAUGACUAGCUGCGGUGAAAUAGAUUGAAUCUUAACUUUUGGAAGUGAAUGAUUAAUGAAAAGACCUAACUAGUAUUCCAUGUGUAAUAGACCAUAUCUAUUUUAUGUGUAAGAGAUAUAGAUUGAAAAAGAUAUAUCUAUAUUGUGUAGAAGCAUAUUUCUUUCAUGUAUAAGAGAAAAUACCUAUG